AUGGGCGGUGGUGAUCGAACGGCGAAAGCAAUAGUCGCCGAUCAGAUAUCCCAAGCCGUUAAUUCUACUGCUAAUCUUCUCCAUUUGAUGCGUCAAUCCUCUUCUUCUCAGGCUCAGUUGGCUAAGCUUCCAAAGAAUCUUUUGGCUAAAACUUCUCUGACUAAGGCCACUGGACAAGCAUUGGCACAGCUUCCUCAAGUGAUUUCAUCUCUGGAUGCUCAUAUAGAAAGCGGAUUGAACAGGACAAUCAAUCUCCAGAGCCCAGUUGAACAUUUCAGACGAAUGGCAAGUAGUGAUCUCUGA